AUGUACACGCACACAACUCCCUCGUCUUCUCCCGCCCAUUUUUCAGUCACUCCACCAAAACAACAACCACCACCACCAUUUGCUCAACAACAAAGACAACCGCAGCCAGCUGCUUCUUCCUCCUCGCCAUAUUAUGUGCAAAAUUUGAAUCCGACCAUUGAUCAACCACAGGUGCCUCUGCCUCCUCUUCCACCCCUAAAUCCCAUUCCUAUUCCGAAUACUACUCGCACCGUGAAAAGUACAAAGGCAGAAAAGGCGGAUCAACUUGUUCAGAAUUUUUAUAGUAAAGUCGCGCAAAUCGUGACCCAGUCACGUCUCAUACAAUAUGACAGUCUCACGAGUUUUAAUAAAGGAGCCUCUCCUUCGCGGCAUGCUAACACACUAACUACCAAGAAGGUCAAUAAAUGGUUUAAUUUAGAGUUGGACGAUUCAAAUAUUUACAAGGAAGAUAUCAAGUUCUGGCAUCAAGCGGUUACUACAUCUGCUACACCACCACCACCGAUGAUAAUAGAGUUCUUUCUCGAUACGCGAGAAUUAGCUCAAAAUCAAAUUCUUAUUUUGACUGACGAGAAUCUUCGUCGGCAUAAGGUCGACCUACAAAAUCUCUCAAGACUAAGUGGAAAUAAUAAUCACAAAAAUGGCAAGACAGCAAGGUCAUCAGCAACAACAACAAAAAAUAUCAUGUUGGAAAGUUGGCAAUUGACAUUAAGUAAUUCAACGCUAGAGUUUCCUCCUGAAGUUCCUAUUACAUACAAGAAAUCAAUUGCAUUCUUCCGAUCGCUCUAUAAUUUUGUUCGUCUUCUGCCUGCGUAUCGACUGUUCAAAAGACUCAGAAGAAUGAAAUUGAAAGUUGGCCAUCGAAUAAUAGUGCCAACAGGAAACAUAAACGCCGAUAUUGGUCUAGAUGUUCCAAUAAUAAACGGGGAGACUACAAAGACCGCUAGAAGUUAUACAUUUGAUCCUAUUGACACGCCUAUUGGGACAUUCACUUUGAGUGUCGGAUUCCGAUCAAAUUGUGAAUUUCAUAUCGAUGAUGACUCUGAAGCAAUUCUAAGUUCGAGAUUUAUUGAUAUGGAUGAAAAUUAUUUUACGCCGACAAUGGCUCGCUAUUACCAAGAAGAAGAACGACAAAGACAGUCGGAAAGAGAAGGGUCAGACGGGCGAAGGAAAAAUUCUCCAUCGAAUAAUUAUCAGCAGAUUGGGAUUUCUCCAAAUGUUCGAUCAAGUUCAACGUCACCUCAAAUUGCCAAUAAUAACAACAAUGUCCAAUUAUUAUCUGGAACUCCUCCAACGCGUUCACGUGUGCCUUCCAUAUCACAGAACGAAAAUGAUUUAUCAAAUCAGGUUGCUAUUUUCCCAAGAUCCUCUUCCUCUUCCUCCUCUUCCAUAUCGAGUCAUCAUAGACGUCAUCCAAGCACGGUUGAUCAAGAUCGUAAUAUAAAUAUACUAUCAAUGAGUCAAUUGUCAUAUCGUAGUGCGCGAGACACCCUGCAACCUCCUCCCUCUCCUGUGAUGAGCAAUCGUCCAAAUGUCACCUUAGUCUCACCCUUCAAAUCUCCUUCAUUAUCCUCGUCUCCUACAUAUCUUCUCACUGAUAACUAUCCAUCGUCUAUAUAUUCUGAUCGUGCUUCUUCAUCUCCUCUUCAUCGAUCACCAUCUUCUAUUUCACUUCAACGAUAUGCUUAUGCUUCUUCUCCAACAUCGGCAAGAUCAUUACCUAUCGGAAGUGGAAACAUGUUAUCAUCAUCACUUAAAUCAAAUUUUUCGAGUGGUAGCCCAAGUACCAGUACCUUCCCGAAAAAGUUCUCUACAAGUUUCGUUAGUCGUGAAAAAGAUUGGAAUAUUGGAGGUCGACGGGCUUCCAAAGGUAGUUCAUUGACUAAUCGAAGCGAUGAUACGGCAAGUGAUCGAGGCUCGUAUAACUCUUCAUUUUUCGCUUUUAUCGAUAAUGAUGUUGGUGAUUUUGUGAGAAUGGUGGAUGCUCGAGAGCCAUUGAAAUUAUAUGGAAGAAGUCCCGCCAAAUCAGAUGAUCCCGGAAGUCCUGGUCAAAAGAUUCCUGGAUCUGUAUAUAAAUCUAAGUUGGCAUUGACAAAAUACCAACAACUUAAGGAUUUCAGCAUACUUGCGGAACCAUUAGCAAAUAGUCACCAAAAUCUUGGACCUCCUGAUAUAAGCGGAUCUCUUGCAUCUUCUGUUUCAUCAAAUUCAACGACAGCAUCGGUUGCGCGUCAGCAAAACGUCGCAUCCAGGGUUUGUGAAAAUGUUAAAAGUGAAGAUUUAAUUGAACCUCAAGGACCAAAACCAAUGACUAUACCUCAGAGAGGCAUGUCAUCUGAAUCUCGUGCAAAUUACCGAACUAGAAGAAGUAGCAGUUUAACGUCUGUUGGAAGUGGCAGUCGUAUUCCGGCAGGAAUGGUUAUGCAACCUGAUGGGGCAUAUUCUUCGUAUCCAGAAGAUAUCGGUGAACUCCGUAGACAAGAAGAUUUAAGUCCUGAAUCUGGAGAAUCGAUGUUGAAACGGGCAGGCAUUGGUGACGUUCAAGGGAGUGGUAGUACUGGAAGCUUGAAUAUUGGUGCAUUAACGGCAAUUAGUGGCCGUGGUGCUUUAAUAGAGAGAAAUACUAGAAGAGAUUCGGGAGGGUCAAUUGGAUCUGGAGGUUUGAUUCGAUUAAAGAAAACAGCUUCCGUGGAUGACGAUGAAUUGUUUUUUGCUAUGAGCGAAAUAACCACCGAUGAUCGAAGUAGCAGUGGGGUAGGAAGAGGUCACAGUCCGAGUCCUAGUAUUGGAUCUGGAGUUAGUGGUAGUGUAGAAGGUCGCAACAAUAAAAGUGGUGGUUUGGGUUUAGGAGUGGUUGGUCUUGAAAGGGAACAACAUCAGCAGCAGCAAGAAAGACAAGAAUCAUUAUAG